AACUCUGCUGCUGUUUUCUCUCUCUCUCACUCUCUCUCUCUCAUUUUCUCUCUCUCCGUCUUGUUGGACUUCCCUCGCGCUCUGAACAUGACCCGCGACUUCGCCAUUUUUUCCUCUCUCAUUCCUCCCUCCGUCUUUUAACGAUCUGAGGACGUUUUCUUUUUACCGGACUUUAAUAAAAACAGAAACUAAAAGCAAUCCACGAGCAGAAACUCCGUGAGCACAAAUCGUUCCUUUCACCGCGACACUUCCUCACAGUCGUCAUGCCGGAGCCGCGCGGUUCUCCCUCAGACUCUCCUUUCUCCAUCCGGAACCUGCUGAGCUGCGACACGAAGCCCAAACCGGCUAAACCCGCGAGACCGGAAGCAGGAUUCGGGGUCGGGGUCGGGGUCGGUCUAGGGUUGGGACUUGGCUUCGGGGAUUUCAGCUUAGCUCGGCUCGAGCUCCUCAACCCGCACCGGUUAGCGCUGCCCGCAUACCUGGAGCGCGCGAGCUGGUAUCCUCCACACGCGCUCACCGGAGCUGCCGCACACCUGUACAGCACUGCAGAUAAAAGCAGCACGUGCUCAGAGAGAGACUCCCCGGAGUUCCGGUCCGACCUGGAAACUAAGGAAGAGCACGAUGAUGAUGAAGAGGAAGAGGAGGAAGACGAGUGCGCGAGGAGCGGAGAGGAAGAAAUCGAGGACACUGACGCAGAACAGCGAAAGAGAUUUGCGGCGCGUGAGGCAGAAGAAGAAGAAGAAGAGGAGGAGGAGGAGGACUGGAAACGGAAUGCGCGGGUGACACCGACGACAACGGCGAUGGCGGUGGUGGAAACGGAGGAAGAGGAUGAGGAAAAGAAAGCAGGCCACCGUAAGAAGAAAACUCGCACAGUGUUCUCGCGUAGCCAGGUGUUCCAGCUGGAGUCCACAUUUGACGUGAAACGCUACCUGAGCAGCUCGGAGCGCGCGGGUCUCGCCGCCUCUCUGCGCCUCACCGAGACUCAGGUGAAAAUCUGGUUCCAGAACCGUAGAAACAAGUGGAAGCGGCAGAUCGCCGCCGAGCUCGAGGCCGCAAGCCUGCAGCAGCACCACCUUCAUCAUCACCACCAUCACCAUCACCAGCAUCCUCUUCACCAGCAGCACCAACAGCGGAUCGUGCGCGUGCCCGUGCUUUAUCACGAGAGUGCGGCGGCGACAGGGGUGGUCUCCGCUACGGCCUCGUCGGAGAGCGCGAGCCCUCACCACACGAGCGCCAGCACCAUCACGACCAGCGUGAGCACCACCACGCCCACGCCGCUCCUCGCUUUCCCGCACGCGCUCUAUUACCCUCAACCGCACAUACCGCUGCUCAGGCGCACGUAGACUUUAUUUAAUUGUUUUUUUAAUAUUACAAAAAAAAGACUGAAUACAAUUUUUAUAAAUGAGAAAAUAUAAACUGAUGAAGAAAUUAUUUUUGUAAAACACAAACAAGCUUUCUUUUUUGUCAUAGAAAAGAUUAAAGUACAACAUGUAAAUCUUUAUAUAUAUAAAUAUAUUGUCAUUUAAUUUUCGAUCGGUUUCGAUCAGAACCAGACGAUACAUUUUAGAUGAGUCUAAGCAUUAUUAUUAUUAUUAUUAUUAUUAUUAUUAUUAUUAUUAUUAUUAUUAUUAUUAUUAUUAUAUCGUCUCAUCUAUAAAAAGAAGUUGACUUUGUUUACAUAAUGGUUCUCUAGUUAUGUAUACAUUUUGUGUGUGUGUGUGUGUGUGUGUGUGUGUGUGUGUGUGUGUGUGUGUGUGUGUGUGUGUGUGUGUGUGAAUACAAGCGCGAGUGCAAUAUCACAGGGACUGUGUGUUAUCUAUUCUAAACAUAUUUCUAAACAUAAAUUUCACUCAAUGGACAAUCACGUAUUUUAAAGAAACUUAGACCUGCGUUUCCAUUUGCAUUGACAUCAACAUAUAUAAACAAAAAAUAACAACAAUAACGACCGGAACUUACGUUGACAUUGUUAUAAACUCAGUUCUGAAUGUAAAUAUGAAAGAGGGGCAGUGUGCUUUGUAUAGGGAGAUGGAAGGUAAAACGUUUUUGUUAUUGUACCACUGAUUCCUGUUGUGAAAUAAAUAAAUGUUAUUAAGCAUU